AUGAGCUUUCGAUCUCUGCGGAACUUUCGCAGAUUGGGCUAUGGAGCUGUUGCCAUCGGAUCCUUCUUUGUAGCUGAUAACACGUUGAAUUACUCGACGUUUACAAGAGAUCUGCGCACUCUUGUAGCUGGCGCCAUCUUGUCGGUCGAUUAUAAACUGAACUUUCAGCCUGGUGAAGGUCGUGUGGAAGGAGUGCACCAAAGAGCGAGUAAACUGAUCUUGGACACCUGUUUGCAGAAUGGAGGAUUAUUUAUCAAAUUCGGACAACAAAUCGCUUCGCUCAACCACGUUCUCCCACCGCAAUACGUACAGACCUUCAAAGUCUUGUAUGAUGAAGCUCCACAUGUCGAUUAUGCAGCCGUGGAGAAGAUUUUCAAGGAGGAAUUCAACAAGACACCACUUGAAAUGUUUGCCACGUUUGAUGAAGUGCCCAUAGCUUCUGCCUCCAUAGCGCAGGUUCAUAGAGCAACGCUACAAGAUGGAACACAACUAGCUGUAAAAGUACAGAAGCCCUACAUUAAAGUCCAAAUGUACUGGGACCUGCAAACAUACAAACUCCUGGUUUUCCUAUUCGAGAAGCUAUUCGAUAUACCGCUGUACUGGAGCGCAGACUAUAUAAUUCAGCAAGUGAAAAAGGAAGCAGAUUUCAUCAAUGAGGCAGCAAAUGCCGAGAAAUGUAAAGCACAAAUCCUACAAGAACCGAGAUUGAGAGAACGAGUACAUGUUCCUAAAGCAUACCAUGAUUUAACGUCAACAAGAGUGUUGACUGCUGAAUGGAUUGAGGGUGUUAAGUUUGGUGACGUGGCAAGGUUGAAAUCUGAAGGAUAUGACGUGGAAGAGACCAUGACUACAUGUGUCGAGGUCUUUGCUGAUCAGAUAUUCAAGAGUGGAUUUGUACAUUGUGAUCCACACGUCGGCAAUAUGCUGGUCAGGCGGCAUCCGCAAACCAAGAAACAGCAGUUGGUUCUCUUGGAUCAUGGAUUGUAUGUACAAGCAGAGGACGUGUUUCGACAUAAUUACUGUUUGUUUUGGAAGUCUCUAUUCACUGGAGACAUUCCGAGCAUGGAGAGAAUAGCGCAGAGUUGGGGUAUAAGAGAUGUACAGAUGUUGGCUAGCUCGACACUGCAAAGACCAUGGUCACCAGGCAAAACAAUACACAGUGGAGAUCAACGGCCGAGUGCGAAAGAACUUUUCGACAUGCAAGUGCAGGCGAAGGAACGAGUGAAACAUUUCAUGAAAGAUACAGAGCUGCUCCCAAAAGAACUAAUCUUUAUCGGCCGAAACCUGAAUCUAGUCAGGUCCAACAACAAGAACUUUGGAUCACCUGUGAAUAGAGUCAACAUCAUGGCCGAUUGGGCUGUUAGAGGACUCGGAGACUCAUGGUCAUUGUGGGAUCGCAAUAUGAAGUUAUCGAAUGACAAUUCGAAAGCACUAGUAGCAUCUCGUCAAUCAAACACUAUUGGAUUCUUUGUUGUCUCAAGGAUGAAUUAUUAUCUGUUCAAGUCGAGCUUGUUUGUUGCAUCGACAGUCUUUUACUUUCAGCGCUGGCUACAAUUCAUCCGUGGUCAGAUAUGGGGGAAUCCUGGUGCAGGGUUUGAGGACUUGCUAGAUCAAGAGAUGAGAGUUGCGUUGGAAGCACAGUUUGGAAUCAAGAUUGAUCCCAGUGCAUUUGACGCCUAG